ACUUAUAGUUCACAAUAUAAAUUCAAGAACAACAAUAUUUAUUAUGACUGCAAAGCGAAUCCUAUUGCAUAUUAUAAAUUAGCUGAUUUGUGUGAACGUUUAGGUUUCAAAUCAUUCGCAUGCUUCCCAUUGAGGCGAACUCAUAUACCAUGUUAUGUCACCAUUGACUCUAUGAUAUUG